AUGUUUAGUCGAUUAUCAAGUCGUUUGGCUGUUCCUAUUGCUGGCAAAGUUCCAAAACGUGUCUCGGCUGACGAGGCAGUGUCAUGUAUCACUUCCGGUAACGACAUCUACGUUCACCCGCAUGCAUCUACCCCUACCGAGCUGCUUGACGCGUUAUGCCGACAUGUGAAACGUAACAACCUCUCCCGAAUACGACCUGCACAUAUCAUCCUACAGGGACGGAUUCCUUGGACAGACAGCGAGUACUGGGGGAAGAUUCGUUCGAAUUGUCUUUUCAUUUGUGGAAAUCUGCGACGGCUUGUAAACGAAGGUCAGAUUGUCUUGUCUUGUUUGAAAGGAGUGCGCAAUCUUCUUGCAGCACUUAUGGUUGUUAUCUGA